AUGCCCCGAGUCCGCGUCCCCAAUGCUAGCUUCAUCGCCAGCGCGGACCUCCCCGUUCUUCUGUUCCUUGCGCCGAGAGCCUUCGCCGAGUCACCAAUUCCAGGAAGUACCAGAACGCACAACCAAAGGGGCAAUGCUGCACAGAAAGAGAAACAGGCCCUCUUUGCGCUGCCAAAAUGUUUGCGACGGAUAGAUGGUGUUGGCGAGGCUGGAAAGCCCCAAUUGAAGUCUGAUUCGACAUGUUGCCAGCAUCUUAGGCAAAGGAAACUUGACGCGGGGCUCCUUCAGAUGCCUACUCUUUGGCGGAGAGAAUCACACCAUCAGAGUCCAAUUAAUUUUCUCUAUGCCGAAAUAUCCACUUUUGCCCGACAGCAUGCAAGGGCAUAUGCGACCACUGCGUCUCAUCCAAGUCCGCCGGCCCCAACUGGUCCACCCAAAAGCUACCACCGUCGAGCUCGGUCAGGCCACACCUCUUCAGUUCUGGCUACACACGCACCUUUGCGAGCUGCCAAACGGGCCAAGGCACUGGCUUUGGAAAGGGCCCGACUCCUCAAUUAUGUCUCUAGACUGCCGUCCAAUCUUUCACAGCUCCAGCGAAUGAACCAUGGAUCCUAUAGGUCUCUUUCUCGUCGUGUGUCCAACCUGGUCCAUUGGAAAUCGAGAUACCUAGAUCUUAGGAUGGAAGCCCACCGCUACAAGAAAAUAUUCUCUCUCAACCUAGCUUUCGCAGCACUCGACCGUGCCCUCUACACCUCUCUGCGGCAACACACGCGAAGCAUUGUUAUAAAACACGAUCCGCGAUGCGUGCAAUUGAGUCGCAAGAUUUUCCCACCCGAUACCCCAAUUAGUUCGCAUAUGGUAUGGAAAAACUGGGUCGAGUUUGAUGUCAGCACAAGAAAAGCCUACGCCCAUCGGCUGCUUAUCUACCUGUUGGAUCGCGUGCCCGGUCUUGCGCUGCGAUUUAUACAAGUCAUAGCCAAUGACCCGCUUUUGCGAGGUCGAAAGACACAAGCUAUUGCGGAUGGUCUUGGCCAUCUCUCCAAGAUUCAUACCAGAAAGCAGUAUGGUACUCGUCAAAAGUGGGGUACGGAUCCAAUGGCGCAUAAACGGGUGUUUGUUCCUGCAUUUGUGAACAUAUUUUCUAAAUCCUUGGCCAGCCAACCAGAUGUCUGUUCACAAGACUUGCUAUACAAUCUGGUCGGGCUAGCCGAAAUCGAUGAUCUCAAGAAGGUGUUUGAUUGCCUGGCUCAGCACCGAACGCGUAUCGGAUUCGACACCAUGUUGCACUACGCCAGCACUUUCGGCGAGGCUGGUGAGGUCGAAUACGCCUUGAAAUGUCUCGAGGAGUUGAGAGUGAGGCUUAACGAUGUGGCAUGGAAAUCAGUGGUCGAACGGGAAAGAUUACGCUGGACGUGUGCUACGAUACUCCGCAAGAGCAUGAGCACAAGCCACAAUUUCCACCAAACUCCCUCUAUAGUCGCUGCUUUUGUACGCUUGGGGAUCAAGAUGGACAUUCUGCUUUACAAUAUAGUCAUGCACAAUGCUAUGGAAGCUGGCGAUUACACCACCGCCUUCAAGGUGUACAACACGCUAGAGAGCAACAGGCUCGAACCCAACUCGCAUACCCACUCAAUCCUUCUCCAUGGGUGUACAUUACAAAGCAAUCCAUCUAUCUUCCAGGACUUUGCCCAACACUGCGCGGAUAUAGCACAGCAGACCAAGGACCCUUGGCUAGCAACGGAUCAUCUGUACUAUUUGUAUAUACGCCACCAGGCCGAUGUUGACGCUGGACACAGAUCUGCAUUGCUGUGGGACGCCUACCUGAGAUUUUUCUCAAUGGCGCCACUGGAGCCUUUCCUCACCUCGGGAAUGAUGAACCCGGGGCCUGCCAGGACGGAGCAAGAUGAAGGUUCGUUGGGUUCUGUAAGGCUUCCGCCUCCUUCUGUGGCUCUAUACGUGAUGAUGCAAGCAGAAGUUCAAUCGGCGGCGGCUAUAAGCAACCAGCGAGUCCUCAACCUAUACAAUAAGUUCACAUCGGUCGCUACGCAAAGCAAAGACCCAGCCUUCAAAGGCUUGGUGCAAAACCCAAUUGUCUGGAAUGCCUUCCUCCUGGCCUUCAGCCAGAAACAACAAUUUGCGAACGCAUCUCAGGUCAUCAAGGACAUGACGGAGAGUGCGGCAAAACCUAAUGUAUAUAGUUGGAACAUCCUGAUGCAGGCCUUCUUCAAAACGGGUCAGGUGCAAGCGGCUGAGCGCGUAUUUGAGAUUAUGCGCAACAGGGGCACUGAUCCGGAUCAAUUCACUUACGGCGUCUUGAUCCGAGGAUACGCCAAGGCACAACUAGUCGAGCGAAUAGGCGAGACGAUGCAGCAUCUCGAGACUGAGCAAGAGCUGAAGCCUGACUUGCUGCGGGCCUUGGCUGCAGUUGUCAACCGACGACAGCUCAUGCUAACGCUAGAAAAGGACCGACUGUACAAGGAGGUGAAGGCACACGAGAAUGCAGCUCGAGAGGCAGAGGAUAGGCGGGUUAGGUGGCAACCGCCCUUGUUUAAGAUGGAGGAUGCUGGUGUAGCGGGAGUAAGUGAAGAAGAGUCGGUAGGGUCUGAUGUGAUGGCCAUACCGCACACUGAGGAUGUGGUCAACAGUUCUGAACUCCCAGACACCCCUCAUCAGCAGCAAAAAGUCGAAGAUGCGGAUGUUUUCGGCCUCCUGAAAGAUGAACAAGCUGACCCCGCAGCUGCUCUACCGGCAUCUGCUACAUCGAGGAGUGCCCGUCCCGUCUCUCGGCAGCCAUAUCAGGAGUUGCAAAGGCCCAUAGGGCAACCCAAUUCCGCCACUGCAGAUGCCAGAGACCCAGAAGUCCAAUACAGAAAACUGCAGGAGCAAUUGGGCCUCUUUGGUCACUCACAACCCUCUGCUACAGGUCAGGACUCGGAACCUCAGCGUCCAGAACCAUUAGGUGCAAGUAUAGGCUUCAAGAGUGUGCUUGGCAAGAACAAGGCCGUAGUCGCCAGCAAAAGUAGCGUAUCAAAGGGACGUAUCAGGCCUAAGAUGAAGCGGGAGAGAUUGGACCGGCCCUUCCCCAACGGAAGCAAAGCAUAAUGGAGGCCUUGGUAGCGUGGCAUGUAGUUUGUAUAUGUAUUUAUCGUGACGUGUAUACAAUUCUUUUUUUUUAUCUCUCAAAGAACAGUGGAUAGGGUUACAUGGCACCAUGCACCAACCACAGAUCAAAAUUCAAGAAGAAAAACAAAGUUCCUCGCAAUGUCACUCGAGGGUGAGGAUUGAAGCCCACGAAACAACGUGUUAAACUCUUUAAAAGUCCAAUGGACUUUGUUCCGCGCCUUGCCUUGCGGCUCGGCACAAUAAGCCGACAAUCUGCGGUCCAUUACUCGGACGCCCACUUUCAGCCUGCCU